AGAGAGAGAGAGAGAGGGGGGGUAGAGAGAGAGAGAGAGGAGAGAGAGAGAGAGAGAGAGAGAGAGAGAGAGAGAGAGAGAGAGAGAAAAGGGAGAGAGAGAGAGAGAGAGAGAGAGAGAGAGAGAGAGAGAGAGAGAGAGAGAGAGAGAGAGAGAGAGAGAGAGAGAGAGAGAGAGAGAGAGAGAGAGAGAAAGGGAGAGAGAGAGAGAGAGAGAGAAAGGGAGAGAGAGAGAGAGAGAGAGAGAGAGAGAGAGAGAGAGAGAGAGAGGAGAGAGAGAGAGAGAGAGAGAGAGAGAGAGAGAGAGAGAGAGAAAGAAACGAAGGAAAGAAAAAGAGAAAGAGAAAGAGGGGAUGGAGAGAAAGAGACAGUGCUAAAGCGCGAGGCGAAGAGAGAGAAAUGGGGCAGAGAAGGUGAAAGGUGAUGAGAUGAGAAAAUACUUAUAUGUGGAGGUUUGAGAGAGGGGAGGGAGGGGGGGGGGGAUUUGAUGAUACAGAUAUCUACGCUUUUCUAGCAGGUUAUUGAAUCUAUACAAAGACUACUACUAGCUUUACUAUUAUCAUCAUUAUCAUUGUUGCUAUCAAAUUAUCAUCAUCAUUAUUAUUACUAAUACAACUUUUACUAUUACUAUCACCAUAGCAAUAUCGUUAUUUUCGUGACUACUAUUUUAUCAUUAAUAUCACUCUUGCUUAUUAUCAUUUUCUUUCAAGUCAGAGGCCGAACUUUCAAAAAGCAAAUCUAUAACAUCACAUUAAAAAAAAAAAACCUUGUCAUCUAAUGCUGAGAAUACGUAAAUAAAAUGUCUUCUUUGCAUAACCAGAAAGGGAAAGUCUGUGAAAUGAAAAAAAAGGAGAAAAAAAAGAAAAAGAAAAGAAAAGAAAAAGAGAUUUACGAAACAUCUCUCCUUGACCCAUUUUAUCGGACCCUCGAAUUUACUCUAUCAUUUGCAAAGAUCAUCUAGCAAUGACGCGUUGCCAUAUGUUGCAAACGUAAUUGCAAGUCUUCGUUUCAGAUUGCACAACACUCUUUUUUCCUGAGGCUACGAAAUUCUGUCGGUUGGAAGUAAAGAAAAUUGAUCUCAUUUGUAAUAAAAUAAUAACAAAACAAUCGUUACAGUUCUCUCAUUUAAAAUAAAUUACAGAGAUAAGCUACAGUUCUCUUACCUUCGGAAAAAAACAAAGAAAAUAUGAGUUCAAAACACGAAAUUCAAAAAAGAAAUAAAACAAUCAAAUCGGCUAAAUACUAAAAAACAAAAACAAAAACAAAAACAGAAAAAGACACGAAGACAAAUGAUCCACGAAUUAGAUACUGACCUGGAAUGACCUGUUUUCUCCGCCGGGUCUCUGUGUCACUCACUCAAGGUAGAGUUUGGGAAUCCUAUGUUGUUAUUUUUUCCCGAUGCAUAGGAGUCAGUCUACGGUUCGUUCUCAUCUUCAUUUUAACACGUCAGUUCUUUUUAUUUAUUUUAUUUUUGUUUUAUUGAUCUUAGAGCUGUUUUCUUGAUGAAGAAAAGGAACACCGC